AUGCGGGCCUUUUCGAGGAGCAGACGGAGCGACAGCAUCGCGGCUGCGCUGGACAACCCCGACGACGGGCUGCGAGUCCACGACGCCGACAGCAGCUGCCUGCUGAAAGAUCCCUUCUCCGGCUUGACCUUGGCCCACUCGCCCUCGGCGUCUGGCCUCGGCUCCAACACUCGACAUGGCUUCUUGACCUCCGACACGGUUCCCAGACGACCGGCCUCCCAAGGCGCGCAGUCCCACACAUCCUCGACCGUGCGCUCUUGCUCCAACGCCUCCUCCACACACUGUCCCACCUACAGCCUCUAUCCCGCGCCCACCAAGCCCCUCCCUCCGCUGCCUCCCAAGGCGGGCUCCUCCUGCUCCUCCUCCUCCCUCUCCGUCGGACGCCGUCCUUCGGAAACCUCGCUGGGAGCCAGCAGCAGCAGCGCCGGCCGCUCGUCGUCACGCUACUCAGAUCCCUCUACAAGCGUAGCUGCUGCUACCGCCGCCGCCGCCACCGCCACCGACGUCCCAAGUGGGCUCCUUCCGUGCGCAUCGCCGCCGCCGCCGCCGCCGCCGCCCAUCUCGACGCUCCUCGUCCACGCUUCGGGUUCUCGGCCGCCCUCCGCCCUGCAAGCCUCCCUCAGGACCCUGGUCGUGUCCGACGACAAGCGCAUCAACAACUGCGUGCACCACCUCGACGUGUCGUCGACGUCGUCGACCCUCGCCAGCAAGCACGGCAACAACUUUGUCAAAGUGUGGUCUCUGGAAACGGGCGACGUGCUGAGCACCAUCAAGUUCUCGUCGUACACCGAGGCCCAGUCCCGCUCGCGCGACUACCUGAUCCGCAGCCAUGCCAUCCUGUCCGAGACGUCGCGGCUCGUCGCCAUUGCCACCAAGUUUGGCCGGACGGUGGAGGUCUGGAACUGGGACAAGAAGAAGAGCGUCCAGACGAUUGACGGGGCGGAUCGCUGGGCGGCCGGCAAGAUGGAGGAGGCGUACGACCACGGAUGGGGCUGCCUCGCCGCCUACCGGGGGGAAGCCAACAAGAUCGACCUCUACGCCGCCACGAGGGAGAAGAAGCCGUUUGUGAAGAUGCGGACGAUAGACCUGGCCCAGGCCAACCUGCCCUUCAUCCCGCAGUACCCGGAGCUGGCCCUCUCGGCCACGAGCCCCCUGGUUGUCGCGGCAGCCGGUCCGCGGCCGCCGCGCAUGGGCAACCCGCCGCCGCAGAGGGAGACGCUGCUCAUGGCGUGGGAGACGCACGACGUCGGCGGCGGCCAGCCCGGCAGCAAGCCGUACCGCGUCGCGCGGCCCUGGCAGCACGCGGAGCUCGACACGGCCAUCCCCUGCCACCUGGCCACCUACGGCAGCGUGGUGGUGUCGAUCUGGAUCCCCGCCACCUUCCGCGCCGUGCCCGUCCGCGGCGGCGCCGAGUACAACCUCACGACGGUGCGGGUGCCCUCGCGCUACGUCCUGGUGUGGGACCUGGCCGCCAACUCGACCAGGGUGUUUGGCAUCCCCAACUGCACGAGCUGCAUCUCGCCCGACUGCCGGUACGUGGCCUACUGCCACGCCAGCGGGGCCGCCAUCGGCGCGCGCGGCACCCUGGCCGUCAUCGACGUCAUGUCCUCGCACGAGGUGUGGAGCUGGCCCGACCGCAACGCCACGGCCGUCGACAGCGGGCCCAAGCCCGGCCUCGGCCAGUUUGACGAUCUGGCCAAGGUCAGGGAGCUGUGCUUUUCGGCCGACGGCAAGGCCCUGCUGGUGGGGGAUGCGGACGGCCGGAUUGGCGUGUAUGAUGUUCACCCGAGGAAGGAGUAG